CGUUCGCGAGAUCCGACCUGUCAUUCGCCUGCGGAACUCGCGAGUUUACGACGGGGUGCAGAGAAACGAAAUGAGUUCUUCUCCGGCUAAGCUGCAGGAUAUGCCACCCAAGGGUGGCUAUCAGAACAUUCCCUUUGCCAGGGUUCCAGCGAAGAAGUAUUUCAAAGGGUGGCAGUUGAUUGCUGCCUACGCGGGGUUCACCACCGCCGGUUUGAGCAUGUACUACCUGAACUGCAAGGAAGUCCACCGGAACGAGAUCGAGAUGCGCUCGGCACGAAACGUAAUCUACGCGCUGCUGCUGGCCGAGCGGGACCGCGAAUAUCUGAAGCAGCUUCGGCGCAACCGUGACGAGGAAGCCGAUCUGAUGAAGAACGUCAAGGGCUGGGAAGUGGGCACCUGGUACGGGGAACCUGUUUUCAAGACCCUGCCCAAGGACAAGUUUGUGGAGCCGUCGUUCCAUGAGUUCUACGUCCACUCCAAAUACGGCGACAUGGCCAAGCGCAAGAACGUCAAGAUGAUGAGCUAGAGUGGGACGGUGCUCCCAAUUGGAAUCACGCGGAACAGUGAUGUGUAAAAUAAAUCGUAGGU